CAUCAUCGUAGUCUCCGUCGUCGUUGUUGCCGUCGUUGUUACUGUCGUCGUCGCCACAGCUCGCCGACUUCAACCUCGUAUUUCUUCGCACAGAGACGCAGCAACGGAGGAUAGACUGGCAACAAAGGAACAGAAGCAGAUACAACAUGUCAGAUGAGGAAGACAAACCCCCUGCACCUCCUGUACGAUUGACGUCAAACAGGGGUGAAUCUGCGCCUAAUUUACCAGUGGACAUGCGUCCACUGCCUAAAGAACCAGACUCUGAUGAACGUAAGAAAAAGACGUUGAAGGGCAAGAUGAAGGUGAAGGAGAACAAGGACAAGCCCAAUAUCAGUUACCCCACGAAUUUCGAGCACACCGUUCACGUGGGAUUUGACGCUGUAACCGGUGAAUUUACGGGUAUGCCGGAAGCGUGGGCGAGACUGCUUAUGUCCAGCAAUAUCAGUAAGCAAGAACAAAAGAAGAAUCCGCAAGCUGUUUUGGAUGUAUUAAAUUGGUACGAUAGUAGCAGUAAAGAAGCGAAAGGCUCCAAAUACAUGACCACAACCAAGAUGGUCGGGGUGGUCGCUCCAAUCGAAAGGGCGAGUAGUCCUCGAAGUAUGGGAAUAGGUAUCAACACGGGGGUGGGUGGUAACAUUCGCGGACAAGCAAUGUCCCAAGCGUCUGGUAGCUCACAUUCUCAGCAGUCGUUGAGCAGACUGAGUAGCAGUAGUCCGAGUAGCACACCGACGGACGCGUGUGCGACCAGUUCCGAGCAGGAAGACGAGCCGCCGCCUCCGCCGAUCUCCGCUCGACCGGAACGCACGAAGUCAAUUUACACGAAACCCAUAGAAGAGGAACCACCGCCCCCGUUGACAACUACAGCGUUGGGCUCACCGCAACGAAAUGGCAUGCAGCAGCAGCAGCAGCAACAACAACAACAGCAACAGCAACAACAACAACAACAGCAACACCAGUCUCAGUUAGAUAGAAAUAAGAAUCAAGCGACACCAACGUCAACGACGACCGAUCAGACGCGACCGGCGCAAGGCGAUAAGGCUAGGAAGAAGAAGAUGUCGGACGACGAGAUAUUAGAGAAGCUUAGAACAAUCGUGAGCGUAGGGGAUCCUAAUAGAAAAUACACUAAAAUGGAGAAGAUAGGACAAGGUGCCUCGGGGACGGUGUACACGGCAAUAGAAACGUCCACCGGCAUGGAGGUUGCGAUAAAACAAAUGAAUCUGUCGCAACAACCGAAAAAAGAGCUUAUAAUAAACGAGAUCCUGGUGAUGCGGGAGAACAAGCAUCCGAAUGUUGUAAAUUACUUGGAUAGUUACUUAGUAGGGGAAGAACUAUGGGUAGUCAUGGAAUAUUUGCCGGGUGGCAGCUUGACCGAUGUUGUGACUGAGACGUGUAUGGACGAAGGUCAAAUUGCCGCGGUGUGUAGGGAAGUUUUGCAGGCGCUGGAGUUCCUUCACUGUAAUCAGGUUAUACACAGGGAUAUCAAGUCUGAUAAUAUCUUGCUCGGUUUGGAUGGCGGUGUGAAACUGACGGAUUUCGGCUUUUGCGCGCAAAUCUCGCCGGAACAGAACAAACGAACGACGAUGGUCGGCACGCCGUACUGGAUGGCGCCGGAGGUGGUAACGCGUAAACAAUAUGGGCCUAAGGUCGAUAUAUGGUCGUUGGGAAUAAUGGCAAUUGAAAUGAUAGAAGGAGAACCGCCGUAUCUGAAUGAGAAUCCGCUGAGAGCUCUGUACUUGAUCGCGACGAACGGCAAGCCGGAAAUCAAGGAGAAGGAAAAGUUGUCACCUUUGUUUCAAGAUUUCCUAGAUCGGUGUCUAGAGGUUGAGGUAGAGAAACGAUCUGGAGCUUCCGACCUAUUACAGGUAAGAGAUAUAUAUGAGAUAUACUGUUCUUGUUAUACAAGAGGAAUCGUGAUGCGUAUGUAUGCCUCUUCCGCGUGUGUUCCAAGAUUAAUUGGAAAUACGUGUUUAAAUUGAAUUGCAGCAUGCUUUUCUGGGUUUAGCCAGGCCACUGGCUUCGUUAACACCUUUGAUAAUGGCGGCGAAGGACGCUGCUAAAGGUAAUUAAUAAAAGA